AUGUGGUUUAUCUUCCUUAUUAUAUCAACGCUUUUACUGCCAACAGUAACGUCGCAGUGUAACAAUACUGGCGUUUGGGCCGAAUGGCAAUUAUUUGGAGAUUGCGCUUAUCAAUCAGAUGGAACGUUGGCGAAAGUACGAUAUCGGGAUUGUGAUCCACUACCAUUAGGAUGUAUUGCUACUGGGCCUUACAUUUGCACGUAAGUCACAUGUAUAAUACUUGAUGCCGACAUAAAGAAUCCGCCAUCUUUGCAUGUAAUUUCCUGUAAAAAAUGGCGGAUUCUUUAUGUUGGCACCUAAUAUACCACUGUUUUGUAGUCAUUUUUGUUUUUCAUUAUCUAUAUCUUUUUUACUGUUUUAGAGGUGAAUUCACAUCAGAUGAAACAUGUUCAGGUAAGUUUUUUUUCAGGGUAGUGUAGAGUAGGGUCGCGUAAAGUAGAAUAGAGUAAGAUACAAAAUUCAUAGUAUUUUACCUUUAAAAACCUUUAAAAAACUUAAUUUCAGAAGCCGCUUCAGCUACAGCAUCAACAAAAACUACUGUAAUUGUAAUGGACCCAACCUCCCAAACCUCGACCGUACUGACCACAGUACCUACUAUAGUAGAUGUCGUUACAGAAGCAGCUACCACACUAGCUACAACACUUUUGACUGUAACUUCUACGACUGCUGAAGCUACAACAGCUGCAUUAACAUUACCAUCAGGAUCAAAUUUGGCUACAACUUGCACAUGGGGUGAUUGGGGAAGUUAUAGUAGCUGUAGUGAUACGUGUGGCAUGUGUGGAGCUACACAAAGAUUUAGACAAUGUUCAAGCACUGAUUGUACUUGUGAUGGGUAAGGUUAUUACUCUUAUUAGACAAGGCUGCGUAUGUUAGGCUCUGAGCUAAGGCUCUGGGCUAGGGCUCUGAGCUAGAGCCUUGGGUUCGGGCUCUGGACUAAAACUGAGCUAAAACUGAUUUAAAAAAAUAUUUUUUAAUUUUAAGAUCCGCCUUUGAAAAUGUAGCCUGUGGCUCAAUGGUAUGCCUGUACCCACGCUCUAGCUGUUGUUCUGGGUAUUCACCAACUUCAAAUGGCACUGCCUUUGUUUGUGCUUCGACUUCUACCACUACUACUACAACUUGA